GAAUAUGAUAUUUUCGGCGGGGCGUAAAACUCUGUUGGCUACAAUCAUGUGUUAUUGUUUGUCCUAUGUGAUUAAAAUUUACAGACCUAGUUCCUCCAGCCAUCCGCGUUAAGCUCUGUUAAUUUUUCUCCCUUCAAUUGGCUGCUAGUUGAUUGCGUAAGGUAUUCUAUCAUUACGUAAUCGUUUCAUUUAACGAGAAUGACUGUAUCGCAUUGUGCAUAUAUUAGCGUUAAUAAAAGCUGCGAACCUAGGUGUUCAUGUCAAUCUAAUUGUUUGUCGUCGUUUUAUCCCCUAGCUGGAUCUACUCGUUAAUUUUCCUCAUUGUUUUUUCGUCUAAGAUUGUUCAACCUAAUCGUUAUGGAACUACCACCUUUUGAGCUACUUUAUACUACAUCAGAUAUACUUAAUGAGUUAGAAAAUGCACUUGAAGAGUUGGAUCAAAACAAACUUUUCAAGGAUGUGGGUAGGCGUAGACGGCAAAGAAGAAACGGUGGACUAUAUGGUGUAGGGUUUGAAGCAGAAGAACCCGAUUAUUUUAAUCCAGUGGGAAUAUGUUGUGAUAUCGCCUUCUACACUAAUGAGGAAUAUAAAAGACAUUUAGAUAGUCAUGUUAAAUGUCCUGUUGAAGGUUGUCCAUUCACGUCGCAUCCGAAAGCAAUGCGUGUUCAUCAGGAAGUGAUUCAUAAUAGUGGUUUGUUUAAUACCAUCUACCGUGAGACUUGCGAUAAGUCAGUGAAAGUUUGGAGAGAAAGUCGUAGACGAAAUUAUCCUACUUUGGAGCGAGUUGAAGCCAAAAAGAAGCUUAUUGAAGAACGUAUCGAGAGAGGAGAAAUAUUUGAGACACCUCAAUUCGGUUCGAUGAACAAACCGAAUUCAAAUGUCCUACGUUCAUCACAGUUAAAUGAAGUGAAUGCUUCAUCUAACAAAAUGCCAACUUCAUCAAAACAGACUGGUAAAAUUACAAAACAAUGUAAGACAAAUAGUCUCAGUUCAGUUGUUACAAAUCAAGAAUCUAACAUACGCUUAGUUUCUAUGGAUUACGACAGUGAAAGUACAGAUAAUGACAAUAUUACUAUUAAAGAUAAAUCUUCCUGUGAUAUAAUCGAUUCUACUACAGAAUCUGUAGAAAAACCAAAUAAUAGUGCAGGCGGCCGACGUCGAAAACGUGGACGAAAGCAGAAAAGCGACAACACAACAACCAGUGAUAAUCCAAUUAACGAAAAUACUGAAGAUUCUCAAAAUAAUCCAUUCGCAUCGCAUCCUUUAGUGAAACUACAAGUUAAACGACGACAAUGUCUAAGUAACAUUCAUAGUAUACACAGUCGUCCAACACUACUCCAAAUGUUAUUGGCUGAAGAUAUUCGUAAAGAACGUAAUCAACUUAUGCAAUGUAUUCGUUAUAUUGUUAAAGAGAAUUUCUUUCAAAAAUAAUAAUGAUAUUCAAAUGACAUUGAUAUAUAUUUUUUAUGUAUAAUACGAGAGCUAAGAAAUAAAUUGUAUAUAAUA